AUGGUCGACACCAAAUACUCCGAUCGGAGCAUCCCAAAGAUCUCUCUUCAUGACUUUGAGUCCAGGAUAGACGAGAUCACAAGCCAGCUCGUUGCAGCUGCCGAGACUGACGGUUUCUUUGCCAUUGUCAACCACGGCAUCCCGGUCGAGGAAGUCGAGGCACAGUUUGAUGCCGCCGAGCGCUUCUUCUCCCUGCCCGACGACGUCAAGGCCACAGUCCCCUUUUCCCACAAGAACACGGGCUGGGAAAAGAAGGCCCAGAUCCGACCCAGCACGGGAGUCGCUGAUCAGAAAGAAUCAUAUCAAAUGCAAUUCGGCGAGCUAAUGGACGGCAUGUGGCUCUCCGAGGACACCAUCCCGGGCUUCAAGGAGCAAAGCCUGGGAUUCAUGCGCAAGGUGCAAAAGGUUUCCGAGAAGCUCAUGGUGUGUUUUGCCAGGGGCCUGGGAUUCCCUGAUGACUACUUUAUCAAGGUGCACGAUAUCGCCAGGCCAAACAUCCAAACAGUCCUCCGGGCCCUGCACUAUUUUGCAGUCGACCCAACAGUGCCGACCCCCGAUGGGUACUGCCGCGCUGGUGCGCAUGCGGACUGGGACUUUUUGACUUUGCUAUUCCAAAGACCAGGCCAGAGCGGACUGGAGAUUUGCCCUGGCAGGGAAGCAUUCACUGCCUUUGGGCUGGGUGAUACUUGGACAAAGGUUGAGCCUGCUGCGGGCGAGAUUGUUUGCAACAUCGGGGAUCUCCUCAUGUCAUGGAGUGACGACCGGUUCAAGUCGACUUUCCACCGCGUCAAGACGCCCACAAACCCAGAGGUGGACUACUAUGGUCCCAGAUACAGCAUGGCGUACUUCAACCAGCCAAAUACCGACUGUCAGAUUCAGGGACCUUUGAAAAAGUACCCCGUAGUCACGGGAACACAGUUCACCCAAGCGGCCAUGAAACGCAACUUUGCAGCUCUGGAAGCCAAGAAGGCAGCAAAUAAGCUGGAAGAAAUGAAAGGAAGUGUGGCUCAAGCGGUGUAG